AUGGCACCCCAUGUCGUGCCUCCAACUACCCCCGCCGAGUAUACCAGGUUGCAUAUCACUCCGCUCAAUCCUGACCUCCUCACGACUAUUAUCCCGCCUUCGAUCCUCCCGAGCGCACGAAAUAUCUCCUACGCUACUAUCCAAACCUUCCCAGAGAAGAGUUACGGUUUCGUGGACCUCCCAAUCAUGGAUGCCGAGAAGCUCAAGAAGAAGCUCAAUGGGUCAAUUCUAAAAGGAACAAAGAUUCGAAUUGAAAAAUCUCGACCAAAGAAAGAAAUAUCUGUUGAAGAACCAGAGGAGCCUGCUGAGGUUCACCCGAAGAGACCGAAGACAGAUCUUUCCAAGAAAAGGAAACGGGGAGAUGAGACCGUGCCGGGUAUUGAAAUUGGAGAGCGGCAUGUAAAGAGGGGAUGGACGACACCACUUGCGGCGGGGAAAUCGAGCAAGGACAAAGAAAAGGACCAAGAAAAGGAGAAGGACAAGAAGAAGACGAAGUCGAAAUAUACCACGGAUCCAGAGUGCUUGUUUAAAACGAUCCUGCCACCCAAUGUUGCUGCGAAUACGAAAAGUUCGGAUGUGAAAUUGGAGAAAAAGAAACGGAUAAAGGCUGGGACGGAGGCUGUUGUGCAUGAGUUUUCCAAAACCACGAAAUAUGCGACGUUUUUGAGAGACAGGUCUGGGAGUGGUAACACCAAAGGUGUGACAGAAUUCGUGGAAGGGAAGGGAUGGGUGGAUGAGGGGGGCAAUGUUAUUGAGCAGGUAGUCACAAAAUCGCGGAAAGCUCCAGAACCCAAGAAGGUGGGAUCGAAACCAAACACGGAGUCUGCGAAACCCCACAAGGCGGGGUCAAAAGCACAUGCAGACUCUGAAGACGAGAGCGACACUUCGGAGGAGGGGACGAGUGACGAUUCAAGCGCUUCGGAAGACGAACCGGAUCAUGUAGCUACAGUACCGAGUUCUUCCAAGGUAGCUGCAUCCAAGGUCGUAGAAGACUCCGAAACAUCAACAUCUGGCUCGUCAUCAGAAGAUUCGGAUUCAGAUUCAGAUGAUUCAUCAGAAGAUUCGUCAGAUGUCUCCGAAGAGGAAUCUGAGGAUACGGUUUCCGAUAGCUCAGAAGACGUCACCGAAUCCAGCCCCGUCUCAAGGCCGCAAUCAUCGUCCAAUCCUGCCGCCAACCUAAGUAUUAAAAUACCCGGCCCCGAAGCAAAGGCAAUCCCAAUCAACACGGAAGUCCAUCCACUGGAAGCGCUCUACAAAAGACCCAAGGUAGCUGCUGAUACCGAAUCGGCUCCCAAGCCUACAGCAUCAUCGUUCAGCUUCUUUGGAGCCGAUACGAACGGGGACGUAGACAUGGAAGAAGAAACCCAUGAUAGAGUCCCCACAACACCAUUCACGCAACGAGAUUUCGAAUACAGGGGUAUUCGCAGCGCAGCACCAACACCAGAUACCGCGCAUGCUAAUAAGAGAUUUCUCUGGCCGACGUCUAAUGAUGAGGAGGAUGAGGAGGAGGAAGAUGAAGUGCAUGGGGCAAGUUCACCUAUCCGCAGUCAAGGAGCGGCAGGUAAAGCUGAGGCUACUGAAACCCCCGAGAGUGAUUUCCAGAAAUGGUUUUACGAGCAUAGAGGGGACACGAAUCGGGCAUGGAAGAAAAGACGGAAGAUCGUUGGGAAGGAGAAGAGACAUCGGGAUAAUAAGAAGAGGCAGGACAGAGCUAUUUAA